AUGCAAUUUAAACUCUCUGUGUUGGCCCUCAUCUCGUCUGCUCUUGCCGCCUACGUUCCUUCGGAGCCAUGGACUGACUUGACCCCCGAGGGAUCGAUUGCCAGUGCUACUACUGACUACACCGCCAAGUUUGGUAUUCAGAUCGUUACGCUCACGAGCUCUGCUGCCGCUGAGGAGACAAAGGCCGCUAAGAGAGACGUGAUCAACCAGAUAGGCGAUGGCCAGAUCCAGCAUCAGCUGGCGUCUUCCACAGCUCAGGUCGUCAACCAGAUUGGUGAUGGCCAGAUUCAACAUCAGACUGCCGCUCCUCCACAGCCAACCAGUGCCCAAGUGGUGAACCAGAUAGGUGAUGGUCAAAUUCAACAUCAGACUGCUUCUGUGGUCAAUCAAAUUGGCGAUGGUCAAAUCCAGCAUCAAACAGCCUCUGUGGUCAAUCAAAUUGGCGAUGGCCAGAUUCAACACCAGACCGCUACCGCUUCUGUCAUCAAUCAAAUCGGCGACGGCCAAAUCCAGCAUCAGACUACUGCUGCUGCUGCCAGCCAAAUUGGCGACGGCCAGGUCCAGGCCACCGAUGCUCCUGCUGCUGAACACAAGGGAGGUGCAGCUCUUCAGGCUUGUAUGGCUGAUAACAACUUGGCCAUGACUUUGGAGAAGUCCAUCUUGAGAGACGGAAGCGGCAGAGUGGGUGCUAUUGUUGCCAACAGACAAUUUCAAUUCGACGGACCUCCACCACAGGCCGGCUCCAUCUACGCUGCUGGCUGGUCCAUUACUCAGGAGGGUCUUUUGGCUCUUGGAAACGGCACCGAGUUCUUCCAGUGCAAGUCGGGUGACUUCUACAACUUGUACGACCAGAACAUUGCUGAGCAGUGUGAGCCAGUGCACUUGAGCAUUGUUGACUUGAUCAAGUGUUAG